AUGACGGGGUGCAAAAUUGUAGCAACACCUAUGAAUUUGAAUGAAAAGUUGAAGAAUGAUGAUGGUACUAAAGCAACAGAUGCAAGGAGCUUUAGAAGUCUAGUUGGAGGCUUGGUUUACUUGACUAAUACGCUGUCGGACAUUUCUUUUGUUGUUGGAGUUAUUUCAAUGUUCAUGCACUGUCCAUCAAGGUAUCAUUUUGGCGCUGCAAAAAGAGUCUUACAGUAUAUUGCCGGAACUCUUGAUUUUGGACUAUGGUAUGAAAAUAUUUCAAAGUUCAAUUUGAGUGGUUAUACAAUUAAUGACUGGGCUGGAUGUUUGGAGGAUAGAAGAAGCACAUCAGCUAUAACACCUCUGUCUUCAUCAGAAGCUGAAUAUAAAGCUGCAACUUCACCAGCUUGUCAAGCUCAUGGUUAA